AUGGGCUCGGGUCCGUCCAGGACAGUCGAAUGGGACGAAUUAGAGAAACAUCCGCUGUUAAUUAGACUUUUAAAUGAGAAAGUAACAUCUGCCGACCCUCUCUGGAACCAGUUCCUGUCAUUCAAAUCCCCUCAAUAUGAAAAACCCUCUCCAGCUUCCGACAAAGUCGUCCGGAAUAUUUGUCGAAACUUCCUGGCGAAUUCCCGCUCAAAUGGCAACUUGAAAUCUCUGAUCGAUCAAUUUACAGUUCGGCAUCAAGAAAUACUGACAGCGGUCGAGUAUGGUGACAACAUCUUCCCCUGGCAUUGUACAAACUCUUUGUAUGUCAUCAGACGACUAGUCCUUCAUCUCGUUGAGAAUUUCGACGAAAAGACUUUCCUCGCGAUUUUGAAUGAAAACGAAGAAACGACGGUGGAGAAUCUCCUCAAAUGUCUGGUAGACGUUCUUUGCGAUUUAGCUUCGCUCACGGAAGAACUCUUUUCUGCCGUUUAUUUUUUCACCGAAGAAGCUCUUCAACUGCUCCUGAUCUUUCAAUCUGUGACGAUGUUUCAAUCAAGCGAAAACUACCAAUCCGAAGUUUCGAAAAUCUUCGACAAAAUAUCGGCCGAAAAUUCGAAAAAUUUGCCAAGAGCGCUGAUUGCUUUUAUGGAAGCGAAAAGUGAAGAUCCAAGGACGGAAGCGAUCAACUCUUCAAGCGGGUUCGUUUUUGGAAUCUUGUCGAUGCUUGGUUCGAGUUCCCCAGAAGUUCCAAAUCAGAGAAAACACAGCAUAUCAAAAUUAUCCGAAACGCUUCUACUAUCUUUCACAAUGACUCCACUGCCAGAAAAAUACCAGGAAAAAAAUUCCUUGAAACAAUCGAUCCUCACUUCAGUCCCGAACGGAAUAUUAGAAGAAGAUCGAGUUCAACUCCCCUUUGGAAAAAUUUAUGAAGCGAUGAUUGAAUCGAUCAGUACGGAGCCAGGAGUGUUGCUUCUGUACAUUUUGAUCCACGAAAACGAGUCGUUCAAAAACUACGUGCUGAGCAAAACCGAUAUCGACCGACUCAUCCUUCCCAUUUUGAAGAUUCUUUCUCGCCCUGAAAAGAACUCUUCGCAUCAUCUUUACAUGACAUUGGUUGUGCUUCUGAUUCUCACUGAAGAUGAUACGUUUUGCGCGCAAAUUAAUGAAGUUGUGUUGAAAAAGGCUGACUUGGAUUUUUACAAUGAAGAUCAAGCAACGGCAAAUAUCAUCGAAAUCAUCAAUUUAUCAAGCCUUGUUCAGUUGGUGCUAAUGAGAGUCAUUCAAUUCAAUUUGUCGCGAGUGAAGGACCAGUAUCUUCACACAAACUGCCUGGCCGCUCUUUCCAACGUCGGGAUACGACUGAAGGGUAUCCAUAGACGCGUGAGCCAGCGAUUUCUCAACCUUAUUACCAUCAUUUCCAAGCGCCUCGAUAUUUCCAACGAUGAGGCAAAUCACGUGGCAAUUUUGAAGACGUUGCUGGACAUCAUAAACGCAUGUUUGAGUCAAUCUCUCGAGCAGAACUUAGAGCUUGUCUAUCAUCUCCUUCAUCAACGAGCUUCGAUCAACAAGCUCAGGUCCAUUCCUGGAUUUGCAGAGCUAGUUGACAACAUCGAGCUUGUCAUUGGCUUCUUUUCCGGGCAUUUGAAGCUUGGGCAAGAAGAAACUCCUGUAUUGAAUACAUCCGAGAUCCAGGCGAUUAUCAGCCAAGUCGUCCGACAAUUGCCCAGAUCAAAAUUAAAACAAUUCCCGCCGCUAAAGUUCCAUUACGAGGAAGACGAGUCUCCUGAAAAAUUCUUCGUGCCUUACACUUGGUCAGUGAUUUACCGCAGUUUUUCGCAAAUCGGCUGGGACGUUGCUAAAGUCCAGUUGUUCGAAGUCGACGCAUUUUUAUAA